CCAAGCAUGAGGACCUGGUCUGUGUUUUUUCUGUUUGUGGCUGCAGCCUCAGCGCUCCCCUUCGAAAAGAAGAGGGAUAUAGAGGACUGGGUGAAAGCCGCUUUAAUUACUGAGAAUCAACUGAAAAAUGUUGAUCCAGCUGAAGUUAAGAAAGUUGCUGAUAACUUGAGAGAAGAUAUGAAUGAAAUCGGAGAGGAUCUUGAUGCUCUUUUGAAAGAGGGCGUGGAUGGCAAAGCUACUGAAAGGGUAGAAGAACAUCUCGGAAACUUACUUUUCCUCGUUGAAAUGCAUGCGGAACACGGAGCUGAAUCUAUUAAGCCUGAAAAAAUUGAACUACCAAAAAGCUGCAGUCCAGAGAAUUUCCGAGAAGACUGCAAGGAAAACUUUGAAAGAGUGGUCAGUUGUUUGAAGGAAGCUGUUGAUCGUGUGAAGGCGACCUUUGACGACAGUGAAACUUCAGUUAUUGGGAAAAUUAAAAAGGUUAAGGGAAUUGUGGGACUUGUCGCCAGAGCCAUGGACCCCAUCCACGAACUUGUCGAAACCUGUGGAUUUAAAAAAAAAAGAGAUUUCGAAGAAUGGCAAGAGGGUGCUUUGGUCGGUAAGGAUGAUUUGAAAAAUAUUAAUCCCGCUGAAUUGGAAAAAGUUGGAAAGAACAUGAGGAAUGACUUGGAUGGUAUCGGACAUGAUCUUGACCUUUUAGAAGAGGGUAUCAAUGGACUAGAAGCCGAGAGUGUUGAAGAACACCUUGCCAAAACAGUUGAACUCGCUAAACUUCACGAGAAAAUGGCAGCUAACUCCAUUCCCCCAGAAGAUAUUGAAAUUCCAGAGGGCUGCAGAGAAGAGGACUUCGGAAUGGAUUGUGAUGAGAAUUUCAAAAGAGUUGUCGGUUGUUUGAAGAGAGCUGUUAAACAUAUGAAGGAAGUGAUCGACAAUGAUGACACAGUGGUUGAAAAAGUUUCCCAUCUUAAAGGAGUCGUUGGGCUUAUAGCCAAGGCAACUGGACCAAUCAAAGAGUUGCAUGAGGCCUGUACACCGAAGAGGUCGCUUUUCCGUUUUUUUGAAUAGACUAAGUUAAACUACUGCAAGUGAUUAUUGAUACAGACGGGUUUUGUCCAUGGACUGCUGAAACAUUUAAUUUUUAUCGUAAAUGAACAUUUAAUUUUGCUAAUAAAUAUUUUGCACAAUUUGAA